AUGUCGUUUACAAUUCACUGGGAGAAGCUGGACAAGAAGGUUGCGCAGAGCAUCCAGCAGCAGCUCAACAGCUUUUUCGCGCGGCUAGAGAAGCGGCCGGUGUUCCUGGGCGACAUUACAGUCGAGGGUCUCGAUUUCGGCAGCACACCGCCCGACAUUGAAAUUCUCGACCUGACCGAACCCUACCCAGAAUUCUACAUGGCCACAGAGGAAGAGGAGGAGGAGGAGGACGCAGAGAGAGAAUCAGACGUGGCGAUGCAGCGGAUACAGGUCAUGCCGGCAUCGCAGAUCGGUAGCAGAAUGUUCCAGAGCCAAGGGCUGCGAGGUGCAUCGACAUCAGUAGCUGCGGCCGACAGCGAUUACCAGGACAUCGACGACGACCUCGAUGCCAUGCCGCACCGGAUCGCUGUGGAGCGGACCGACGAUGACAUGCAGCUGCUAACCAAGCUUGAAUACAAAGGCGACAUGUCGCUGGUGCUGAGCACCGAGUUGCAGCUCAACUACCCGGCAUCGCAGUUUGCGAGUCUGCCAGUCACAAUGCACAUCACAAAGAUCGAGUUCUCGGCGCUGGCCGUGGUUGCGUACUUAAAGGGCCGCAUCAACUUUUGUUUCCUGGAGCCCGAGCCGCCACGCACCAGUCUGCUGGACAACUUUUGCAUUCGCACAGAGAUCGGCGACCAGCACCACCAUGUACUUAAAAAUGUCGAAAAGCUGGAGCUGUUCAUUACCGAGCAGCUGAGAAAGGCUAUUGACGACGACUUUGUCUUUCCGUGCUACCAUUCAUUUGAGCUGGAGUGA